AUGACCUAUGUAAAUCAUAAGGUUCUAAAUUAUACGCAGUUUUAUAACCCAGAAACAAGUCCUUAUCUCAAUCCCUCCAAUGAUCGUCGAGUUGCAGUAGUAACUGGUGCAAGUGCAGGAAUCGGUUGGUUUACCGUACUCCAUCUUUACCUACACGGAUAUAUAGUAUACAUCUUUGGUAGAUCUGAUGGGAAAGUCCUCAAAGCAAUUGAAGAUAUUCACGAGGAGGCUAGCAGAAGAGUCGAGAAGUAUGGCUCCAUGGAGAAAUCUAUGAGAUGGUUGGGAGAAUUGCAUUAUAUUCACAUAGAUUUGGUGGACUUAAGAACAAUUGACAAUGCUGUGUAUCAUUUUUCAUUAAGGGAGAAAACUCUUCACAUAUUGGUCUGUAAUGCUGGAAUAAUGGGCGUUCCAUUCGAAGUGACUAGAGACGGCUUUGAACUUCAACAUCAAGUCAACUAUGUUUCACAUUUUUUGUUGACACUUAAAUUAUUACCUUUCAUCAAAAACGUCGCCAGAGCUAGAAAGAUACAACCAAGAAUAGUAACGCUAUCCUCAUUUAGCCAUAAAUUUGUUUACAAGACCUUCCCUCCUGGCGAAUUUGUCAAGAAAAAUCCAGAUUACGUUUUCACUUGGGUUAGAUACGGCCUUUCCAAGUUAGCUUUAAUUCAUUUUGCAAAAAUGUUGAAUAAGUAUUUCCCUUACAUUUUAAGCGUUUCUGUGCAUCCAGGAUUUGUUUUAAACACUGAAUUAUACAAUCAUUGGAAACAGAUAAAAUUUAUUGGAAUCUUCGCCAAGGGGAUGUUUAAGGCAGGCGAUAGUACUAUAGGUGUGACUAAUGAAGAAGGUUCAUUUGCUACCUUAAGGGCAGCGUUAGACACAAGUCUUUGUGCUAAACGCGAUGGUGGAAAGUAUUAUAUUACUGGGGGUCAAGAAGCAGUUCCUUCUAUAGAGGGCACCAAUAUGGAAGCUGCUCAAAAUACAUGGGACUGGACUAUAAAGGAGCUAAAGGCUCGACAUUACAUACGUCCUGAGGAAAUGAUACGAACCAAUUCGAAGCGGUUCAAGAGGAAAUUUGCUCCGCUAGUGCGUAAGCUGAUUACUUAA